AUGGAGCUGCGCUCCGAGUUGCCGAGCGUGCCAGGCGCUGCUACGGCGGCGACGACAGCGACUGGGCCACCCGUGGCAUCUGUGGCGUCGGUGGCAGCGGCAGCGGCGGCGGCCGCUUCGCUACCGGUGAGCGUGGCGGGCGGCUUGCUACGGGCGCCGCCGCUGUUGUUGCGCGCGGCGGAGAAGUAUCCGCGGACCCCCAAGUGCGCGCGCUGCCGCAACCACGGCGUGGUGUCGGCGCUCAAGGGCCACAAGCGCUACUGUCGCUGGAAGGACUGUCUGUGCGCCAAGUGCACGCUCAUCGCCGAGCGCCAGCGCGUCAUGGCGGCACAGGUGGCGCUGCGCAGGCAACAGGCGCAGGAAGAGAACGAGGCGCGUGAGCUACAGCUGCUGUACGGCACAGCGGAGGGCUUGGCGCUGGCCGCCGCUAAUGGCAUCAUCCCGCCGCGACCUGCCUACGAGGUCUUCGGCUCCGUAUGCGCCGCCGACGGCGGGGGGACGGGAGCAGGAGCACCUGCGGGGGCCGGAAUCGGGACAGCGGGCGCCGGGAGUUCAGAGGCCAAGUUACAGAAGUUCGACCUGUUCCCCAAGGCGCUGCUUCAAGCAGGCCGCCCGGGAAGCCCGCCGCUACCACCCGGGAAGCCCUUAUCACCCGACGGCGCGGACUCGGGUCCCGGGACAUCGUCCCCGGAGGUGCGGCCGGGCUCGGGCUCUGAGAACGGCGAUGGCGAUUCCUUUUCAGGGUCGCCUCUGACCCGGGCCUCCAAGGAGGCAGGUGGCAGCUGCCCGGGCAGCGCUGGCGCCGGAGGCGGCGGUGAGGAGGACAGCCCGGGCUCCGACAGCCCUCUGGGCUCUGAAUCCGGUUCGGAAGCCGACAGAGAAGAGGCAGAGGCCGCGCCAGCGCCAGGGCUGGGCGGGGGCCCGGGUCCACGGCAGCGAACGCCGCUGGACAUCUUGACGCGCGUCUUCCCGGGCCACCGGCGAGGCGUCCUGGAGCUGGUGCUGCAGGGCUGCGGGGGCGACGUGGUGCAGGCCAUCGAGCAGGUGCUGAACCACCACCGUGGGGGCCUCGCGGCCGGCCUCGGCCCCACCGCGCCCUCCGACAAGGCCGCUGUGGGGGCAGUAGCCGCUGUGGACGAUGCGUGGCCGGGCCGUGUCGACGCUGCCGCCGCGGCCGGGGGCCCCGGGCUGCCCGCGCCUCUGCAGGCCGGCCCCACUGCACCUCCGCACCACAGACCUUUGCUAGCUGGCGCCAUGGCUCCCGGAACGCUGGGCUCACUGAGCAGCCGCUCGGCCUUCUCGCCCCUGCAGCCCAACGCCAGUCACUUCGGUGCUGACGCAGGCGCCUACCCGCUGGGCGCCCCGCUCGGCCUCAGUCCCCUGCGCCUGGCCUACUCGGCGGCGGCGGCGCACAGCCGCGGCCUGGCCUUCAUGGCUCCUUACUCCACUGCGGGCCUGGUGCCCACACUCGGCUUCCGCCCGCCCAUGGACUACGCCUUCAGCGAUCUCAUGCGCGAUCGCUCCGCCGCCGCUGCUGUGCACAAGGAGCCGUCCUACGGCGGCGGCCUGUACGGGCCUAUGGUCAAUGGCACCCCUGAGAAGCAGUAG